AUGGAUGAAAUUCUUGAACUUCUAAGGGCCAAGCCAUCCUACAAAGUCAAACAAGGUAGUGAUGAUUUCAUGGAAAAUAGAGAUAUCGUUCAUGGUAAAUCCCUCAAACUCACUGAGCGAGUAAAAUAUAAAUACUCGUUAAAAAAGUAUGAAAUGCCUACAGAGUUAAAAACAAUCUUUGAAAGACCUCACCAGGAUGUCCUUAGACGGCUUAGCAGUCAAUUGAAUGCCAAUAAUUAUAGUAAGUUUUUCAGUGAACUACUCUAUGCAGAGGAGUACAAAACAAAUGAAGACCUCAAAAGGUAUGACCGGCAGAAAGUGAAAUUAGUGAAGAAAUCUGGAGACUAUUUUAAAAUGAAAAUUCAUAAACGCGCACUCGCAGAGAAACGCCUGUCAGUGCUUCCUGGGGAUUAUAUUUUUGUUGUGAAAUGUGGAGAUAAGAAAGCAGAAGCAUACCAAGGGUUCGUGCACGAGGUACUUAAAAGUAGCAUUGAUUUAAAGUUUGAUGAGUCAUUCUCGCAGGAAGUGUACAAUUCAAACGUGAGGUUCGAUGUCCGAUUCACCUUUAAUCGUGUAUCAAUGAGAAGGAUGCAUCAAACCGUCAGGAAUCCAAAAGUGGAAUUUAGUCGUUUGUUCCCACAGAACCAUCAAAAUUUCUCUGCAAAUGACGUGGAUUUUCAAAACAUCAAAUUCUACACUAUACUGAAUUAUUACCAAAGACGUGCGGUAGCCAUUAUCAAAUCAGGAAUUCAUCAACCCUGGCCUUUUAUUGUCUUCGGUCCACCCGGAACAGGCUAG